AUGCCUGUAGUGCGUGCCAAUUUGACGGUAGAGCAGAUGCUGGUGUUUCACACUGUUGAUGAGAAAGGCACAGAGGCGGCAGCAGUCACCGGAUUCCAGGUAAGAUUAAUGGCCGCGGCGGUUCCACCUAGGGAAAUCCGUUUCAUUGCCGACCACCCGUUCAUGUUCGCCAUCAUCGACAAAAAGCACAAGAACAUUUUGUUUAUGGGAAGAUUCACUGGCUAA